AUGCCAAGGUCUUUCCUGGUGAAAAAGGUGAAACUGGAUGAUUUCUCCACCGGGGCGGAUUUGGAGAACGCCUACCGGCACAGGACAGACCUCAGCCUGCGGCUCCACGACAAAGCUGGUUACAUCAGUGAUUACAUCAGCCCUGUUGUGUACGAUGGUGAGAGUGACAGUGGGAUCAAGGUGCCCUCUCCCGACCCCCUCUACGAUGGUAUCCACAGUGACUACGGUGCCCCAGACUCUGAGUCUCCCGACAGCCCCGGCUCAGAAAUCACUGAUGGCUACAUCAAUGGAGAUGCUGCGGUGAGCGAGGGUUACACGGUCGAUGCCUUCUUCAUCACUGAUGGCCGCUCGAGGAGGAAAGCCCUCGGCAGCCCCAGGACCAUUCAGAGGCACACCUGCAACGAGUGCGGCAAAACCUACGCCACGUCUUCCAACCUGAGCCGGCACAAACAGACACACCGCUCGCUGGACAGCAAGCUGGCAAAGAAAUGUCCGACCUGCGGGAAGGUGUACGUAUCCAUGCCCGCCAUGGCCAUGCACCUGCUCACUCACGACCUCAAGCACAAGUGUGAUGUGUGUGGGAAAGCGUUCAGUCGACCUUGGCUUUUACAGGGCCACAUGCGCUCCCACACGGGCGAGAAGCCGUUUGGGUGUGCCCACUGCGGGAAGGCCUUCGCCGACCGCUCGAACCUGCGCGCUCACAUGCAGACCCACUCGGCCUUCAAGCACUUCAAGUGUAAACGCUGCAACAAGACCUUCGCGCUCAAGAGUUACCUGAACAAGCACUACGAGUCUGCCUGCUUCAAAGGCCCCUUCUCUCCUCUCGGCCCCCUAGAUGCAUGA